GUCAUGAGCAAAACUUGCACUAAACCACUAAUUAUAAUGCGUUAAAUAUCAAUUAAACGUAACGUACGUCACUGUAACAGUAUAUUUAAGAGCUGUUGUGAGUUUCUGGUCGUGUUCUCUUUUUACGUAACGCUAAACACGUUAGUUAUGCCGUUUAAAACAGUGACAGAUGCUACACAUUAGCUUAGCUGAUCUUGUUAGCCGUUCCAGACUGGUGUUGAAAUGGUCCAGAACAUGUUUCGGACUGGUUUUCUGGUCCGGGCCACACACACCGUGUUAACAUGGGGCAUAACUCUGAUUCUGUUUCUACACAACACCGAUCUGCGUCGGUGUGAGGAGCGUGGUGAGCUGCUGCUGCCUCUGCUCUUCUUCCUGGUCGUCGUCCUGUCGGCGCUGCUCUACUUCACCGUCUCUUUAAUGGACCCAGGUUUUGUCCUCACAGACUCAGUGAAGGGUUCGAACGAGGAGCUGGAGGCGAUGAUCCCACACCCACCGCCGCGUCGCUGUGGAUACUGUCUGCUGCAGCAGCCGAUGCGAUCCAAACACUGUCCGUCCUGUAACCGCUGCGUGCGACGCUUCGACCAUCACUGUCCGUGGAUGGAGAACUGUGUCGGGGAGCGGAACCACCGCUGGUUCCUGGUCUACCUGCUGGUCCAGCUCGUGGCUCUGCUCUGGGCUCUUCACGCCGCGCUGUCUGGGGUCUCGUCCGGCGUCACCUGGGACCUGUGGUUCCGGGCGAACGGCGUCCUGCUGGCGGCGCUGGCCGUGGUGGGCGUGUUCUCCGUGGUGGUUCUGGUCCUGCUCUGCUGCCACCUGUACCUGGCCUCCAUCAACUGCACCACCUGGGAGUUCAUGUCCCACCACCGGAUCUCCUACCUGAAGAACCGAGACCAGGAGAACCCCUUCGACCACGGGGUCCUGUGGAACCUGUGGGGGUUCUUCUGCAUCUGCAGGACCGUGGUCUGGGAGCAGGUCUACCACAGGACCACCGGGACCAGCAGGACCGACGGGACCACGUCUGAGCUGUAGAUGGACAGCACAGGACCAUCUGGACCAGAACCAGACCAGAGUCUAGACCUGAAUCUGACCAGAGUCUAGACCUGAAUCAGACUAGAGUCUAGACCUGAAUCUGACCAGAGUCUGGACCUGAAUCAGACCAGAGUCUAGACCUGAAUCUGACCAGAGUCUGGACCUGAAUCAGACCAGAGUCUAGACCUGAAUCUGACCAGAGUCUGGACCUGAAUCAGACCUGAGUCUAGACCUGAAUCUGACCAGAGUCUGGACCUGAAUCAGACCUGAGUCUAGACCUGAAUCUGACCAGAGUCUGGACCUGAAUCAGACCAGAGUCUAGACCUGAAUCUGACCAGAGUCUAGACCUGAAUCAGA